AUGAACGGCUUGAUUGAAAAUACUCGCAAUGGAGCUUUGCAACGAAAUCUUCUUCGUAAAAUGCUGCAAUCAAAGGUCUUCAAAUUCGGCGAGUUUCAAUUGAAAUCUGGCCAGAUUUCUCCAAUUUAUAUCGAUUUGAGAGAAUGUUUUGGAUAUCCAGAUUUAUUGGUGAGUUAGAUGAAUAUUUUAUAAGAAGAACAAUUAACAAUGAUAAAUAUUUUAGAUGCUGAUCUCUGAAGCAUUGUCGAAACUGAUUGAUUCAAGUUCUGUUGAAUAUAGUGGAGUUGUUGGUGUUCCAUAUGCAGCUCUUCCGUAUGCUUCUGUUGCUGCUGGACAAUUUCUGAAGAAACCACUUUUGAUAACUCGAAAAGAAGCAAAAUCAUAUGGAACCAAAAAAUUAAUCGAAGGAUUAUAUAAACAAGGAGAUCAAGUGAUUCUCAUCGAAGAUGUGGUUACAACUGGUGGAAGUAUUCUUGAUGUUGUUCGUGUUUUGAAAGACGAAGGACUUGUUGCCAAAGAUGUUUAUUGCAUUCUUGAUCGAGAACAAGGAGGUCGUGAAAAACUUCAAGAAGCCGGUGUAACUCUUCACAGUCUUCUGAAUAUGGAGAGUGUUUUAACAUUUUUAUUAUCAACCGGAAGUAUUGAUGAAAAUCAAUGGAAUGGAAUUGUAAACGCUUUGAAUUUGAAAUAUAGCCAGCCAGUAAGAUUGAAUAUUUCUGGAGAAAUUGAGGAUUUGAAUAAGUUGCCAUAUGUUGAUGCCGGAAGAACAAGUUUGAAAGAUAAAGAAAAUCUCACUGAAUCACCGCUCAAUAAGAAAAUUCUUUCGAUUAUGAGAAAGAAGAAAUCGAAUUUGUGUUUGGCAAUUGAUUAUACAACAUCAGAACAAGUUUUGCAAGUGAGUUAUCUACAGGAAUUAAUUAAUUUUUCAAUUAAAAAAUUCACAAUUAUAGCUCGCCGAACGUGCUGGUCCAUUUGUAAUUGCAAUCAAAGUUCAUGCGGAUGCAAUCACUGAUUUCAACGAAGAUUUCACACAAAAAUUGACAACUCUUGCCAAUGAUAUGGAUUUUGUUAUUUUCGAAGAUCGCAAAUUCGCUGAUACUGGAAAUACAACUCAAUUACAAUUGAGAGGAAUUCAAAAAAUCGCUAGCUGGGCUGAUGUUGUCACAGCUCACGCUAUUCAGGGAAAUGAUAGUAUUUCGGGAGUUUUCAGAGAGGUAUUCAGAAAAAGGUUUAAAAAAUUUUUGAAUUUAAAUAUUGCAGUUCAUUGCUGAUCCAGCUUAUCGUCUCUCUGGUGUUUUAUUGAUUGCUCAACUUAGCACAAAAGGUUCCUUGACCGCAUUGAAUGGAUAUACUGAAGGUAAAUCAAUAUUGAAUUCAGAAAAUAAAUGAAAUUUGAAAAAAAAAAUUGUAGAAGUCGCUCAAAUUGCCAACGAAAAUCGUGAUGUUAUUUCUGGUUUCAUCGCUCAAACACGUGUCUCGAACUUUUCGGAUCUUUUGAACUGGACUCCUGGUGUAAAUCUUGAUGUCAAAUCCGAUUCAGCUGGACAACAAUGGCGUGGAGUUGAUGAAGCAAUCGAUAUUCAACAAAAUGAUAUUGUAAUUGUUGGUCGAGGAGUGACAUCUUCAAAUGAACCAGUUCAACAACUCAAAAGAUAUCGACAAACUGCUUGGGAUGCUCUUGUCAAAAAUGAACCUGCCGAUAAUUAG